AGACACUCUCUCUGUCAAUCCACCAAACCGCUCUAUCCAACUCUCCGGAACGACACAAAUAGGCCAAGAUGAGCGACAGUGAGGAUUACCAUAUCGAAAGCACCGAUGCGGGUGCUUCCGCUACCAUUCCGAUGGAAGCGGGACAGAUCAAGAAGGGAGGAUACAUGAUGAUCAAGGGCAAGCCCUGCAAGGUUCUUUCCAUCUCGGUCUCCAAGACUGGCAAGCACGGACACGCCAAAUGCAACUUUACCGCGGUCGAUAUUUUCACCGGUAAGAAGCUCGAAGAUAUGAUUCCUUCCUCGCACGGAACCACCGUCCCCAUUGUCAACAAGAGCGACUGGGAAAUUAUUGACAUUGAGGGCGAUGCCCUCACGCUCAUGGAUGAAGGUGGCAACCAGAAGACCGACCUUAACCUCCCCACCGUCCCCGAGACCAUGGCAGAAGAAAUUCGCGAGGCCUGGAGCGGUGGUGAAAACCAGAUUACGGUGUCUGUUCAAUCCGCGGUCGGCAUUGAACAGAUCAUCUCGUACAAGAAGGAGUCCUAAGCUUGUAGUAAAACAAUAUCUGCUUUUGCGUCG